AAUAUUUCAACAGCAUCAAGUGAAAUACUUGGUAACUCUUCUGAAAAAGAUAUAACACUUAGUGAUUUUUUAGAACAGCAGCUGAGAGAGAGUUACAUGGAAGAACCAAAAUAUAGUGAGACUUCAACUGAUGAAAAGCAUGCUAGUGAAAAAACAGAGGAGCAAUUCCAUAAAUAUCCACCGUCAGAAGAACAGCAACUGCUAGGUAUACAUAAAGAAGAGACACAGUGGUGUCAUGCUAAAUCAGAAGAGGCUCAGCAUGUAGAUGAAUUAGCAGAAGGGUCUAGACAAAAGUCACCAGCUAUUACAACUGAUGAAUCAGAUGGAUCCAUGCCUGAGAAGACACAGGAACAAGAGAGCCAAAUUACAUACCAAAUCCUGAAUGGACAUGCUGAACAUGGUGAAUUGCAGACAGUUGACUAUACAGAUGCAGUCGAAGAGAUCCAAGCUGAAGAACCAGAAGAGACACAGGCAGAAGUAUCCCCUGCAGAAAAUUUUGACUUUCUUGAGGGUACUGUUGUUCUAGAUACAUCUUUCAUGAGAGGCAGAGCCUCUUUAGGCAAGAAAAGAGGCCACAGGACCCCUGCUGGAACCUGUGCUUCUGAAGAGGAUCCGGAAUACUGGAUGUUCAGAGACUCUACAGAGCCAAAAAGCUUCCCAGAAAAGACCUCUGAUGAAGAGGAUAAAAAUGAGAGAUCUCCUGAUGGAACUCCUGUUGAAACUCCAGGCAAUUCCCCAUCACCAAUUAAAUCUCCCAACAAAAAAGGAAUUUUUGGUGGAAUAAUCUCGCCGUCACUUCUGAAGGGUCGGUUAAAAACUCGCAGCAAAAACUACUGAGGAUGAAACAGUUAGACCAGAGGCAGAAGAGUCAAAAUCCCCUGGAAAAGAAAAACCAGAAUCUUCAAGUCAUUCUAUGAACUGGUUAUAUGCAUUGAAGAAAAAGAGAAAAUCAACCAAAGAAGAAAAGAAAAAACAACCAAAGUGA